AUGGGUUGCGGAUCUGCUAAACCAGUGAAUGUCUAAGAAACAGAAUAUAUAAAUUCAUCCAAAAAUCAUUCAAGAACUAGUUCAAUUUCAGAAGGUUAAACUGAAACUACCAAGUUAUACAGAAGAGGUUAUUGUAUUACAAUAAACAAAUAGCAAACUAUCUCAUAAAGAAUGAGAGAUAUGAAUAGGCUAUGCAGCUAUUAGAUCGAGUAUUAGAAAAUGAUCCAGAUUUUGCUGAUGCUAUAUACUGUAAGGGUAUAUAAUUGAAGUUAUUUUCUUAAUAGGAAUAGUUGAACUGAACAAAAACAAUUUAGAAGAUGCUAAAAAAUAUUUUCAAAUUUCUCUUGAUAAAUAACCAAAUCAUGCUCUUGCUCUAAAUGAAUUAGGUAUCUCUCUAAAAUUUAAUUAUUCAGCUAGUUUAAUGAUCAAAGAAAAAUAGUACAAAGAAGCCUUAGAAUAUUUAGAAAAAGGAUUUUAGGUUAAUCCCAACAUACCAGACUUAAAUUAUGGUUUAGGUACAUUUUAAUCAUAUUCCAAGGCUAUGUUUUAGCAAGAUUAAAAAGAAAGAGUGAGGCAAUCAAAUAUUUUGAUAUGGCGAUAAAUUAAGACCCAAAUCAAAAACAUUAUUAUGUUAGUAAAGCAACUACUUUAUCUGAUUUAAAAUAAUAUGAUAAUGCUUUGGAAGCAAUAUAAUUUGCUCUCAAAAUUGAUUCUCAAUAUCUUGAUGGAUAUUAAGUAUUAGGUAAAUAUUAAUCAUUUACAUUAAUAAGUAUAUAUAUAUCGCUAAUCAAAACAAUAUGAAAAAAUGGAAAAAGCCUGUGAUUAAGUUCUUAAAUUAGAUAGUUAAAACUAAUAUGCAUUAAAUUGCUAAUAAGAAAUCCCAAAGAAAAUAUCUUAAUAAUAACCACAGGUCUCAUAGGUGUAAAUUUCUGUAGAGGAUUAAUUGAAAGAAGGUUUAAUCAAAUUCUAAGAUUAUAGUGCGGAAGUUGCAAGUAGAAUAAUAGUACACUUAAGCUUUGAGUCUCUUAAAUUUAAUUUUGGAAAAAGACCCUAAGCAUUUAUAAGCCUUAAAAUUAAAAGCUUAAAUAUAAAUUGAAUUAAAAUAAUAAGCAAGUUGUUUGGUAACACUGGAUUAAAUUCUUACCAUUUAAUAGAAUGAUUUAGGUACAUUAAAAUAAAAGGGUAUAAAAAUUGAUCAUUUUGAUUAUAGUGACAAUCUUAGAAUAUCUGAACAAAAAUGAAGAAGUUUUGAAAUGUUAUGAAUUAAUCAUAGCUUAAGAUACAAGCUUUGAAUUAUUAGAGAAGAAAGGUUAGUGUAAAAAAUAUUUAUAUAGCUUCUACUUUAAUAAAGCUUGAUAGGAUUUAAGAAGCAUCAAACAUUUAUGAAUAAUUAUCAUCAUAAUCAAGCAAGGAUGAUUCAAAAAUAUUUAUUAUUAGAGGUAUUACUAAAUUUGUAUAUAUAGGGAGGUUACUAUAAGCACAAAAAAAAUAUGAUGAUGCUAUCAUUUGUUUGAAUGAUGGAUUAAAUAAAUUUCCUUAAAACUAAGAAAUCUUAAAUUUGUUAGCAUAAAUGUAUAAAGAUACACAAUAAGAAUAAAAAGCACUUGAAAUAUACGAUAAAAUUUUGAACAUUGAACCAACCAAUGAAUAAUAUUUAUUUGAAAAAGGUUUAAUUUAUAAUAAUUAUUAGGUUCUAUAUUGUUUAAUUUAAAUAAUUUUAAUGAAUCAUUUGAUAUAUUGAAAUAGUUAAAAAAAAAUGAAUAUGCCUAAAAUAUCAAUUAUUACCUUGGUAUUUGUUGCAAUGAAAAGAAAGAAUACAUGGACGCAUUAAAAUACUUAAGUUUAUAUAUCAAAACUGGUAAGGAAAAUCUCGAAUAAGUCUAUUUCAUUGUAAUAAAUUGAUUAAUAUAUAUAUAGAUGGGCAGUGCUAAUCUAUUUUUAAUGAAAUUUGAUGAAGCAAUUGAUAGUUAUUAAAAUUGCAUUAAUUUAAACCCUAAUAAUUCUGAAGCUUAUUUUUAACUUGGAAAUGUAUACAAAUAAGAUAAACUAAUGGAAGAAGCACAAAAAUCUUUUGAAUAAGCAGUUAAGAUUGAUCCUUAAAAUAAUUUGUAUAAAUAAGCAUUAUGUAUUUAUAUAUUUAUAUUUAUUUAGAUAAUAUAAUAAAUGAAAAAUCAUUUUUAUAAGAAUAUAGAAAUAGUCUACUUUUUACAAUGAUUUCAUUUAUUGGAUCUUGUUAAUUGGAUCCAAAAUCCUAAGAUUUUGAGAAAAAGCAAAAUGAAAAAUACUUAACUUUAUUAACUUUAAUGGAAGCCCAUCUAAAAAAAAGAUUCAACACUAUAGAUAAACAUUUUGAAUAAUUAAAAGAAUUGAUUGGUAAAUCAUAUGAUAUGAAAUUAACUUUAAUUGAUGAUACUUUGUUCCCUAUUAUGUAAUUUUGGCAUAAUCAAAAAAUCUGUAAAAAAAAGAAAGAUAAUAAUGAUUUAGUAGUUUCUAUGAUAAAUGCUGCUACAUCUAUGAUUAAUUCAAAUAAUGAAAAGAUAUUAAGAUACAUUUAAAAUGAAAAAUCUUUAAAUAAUCAAUUUUGUAUUGAAUUUUUAUAAAAAUGUUAACAUGAAUCAUAUUAAAAGAUAAGUGGAAAAAUAGGAUUAUAAGAUGGAAUUAAAAUACUUGGAUUUUUAAUUAAAUAUCACAAAGAAUUCAAUUCUGAUAUAAAAAGUUUUGCUGAAUUCAUUACAAAUAAAUACUUAAUUGAUGAAAUAUAAAAUUUUCAUGAUUCAUAUUACCAUUAAAAUGUUUGA